GAAUUCGGGUUUCCGUUUGUAUGGUUCUCGUUGUUUGUAGUGUACCGAGAUAUUUUUUAUUUAUAUCUUUUGCCUGUUCAUCUAUCACCAAAAAUGAGCCUAGAGGAGAAAGAUCCAAUAUAUUUAGAUAUAUGCCAUCAAUUGGAUGCUUUCUGUAAACAAGUUGAAGAAAAAGUGGAUAAGGAUCAGCAGCAGUUAAAAGCGCGGAAGAAAAAUACCGAACUCGAAGAGAAAUUAGCUCAGGAAAUGAAAAAGAACGCAGAGUUGUUACGACAACUUGAAGAGGUUUCAAGCCGUUACACGGAGCUGGACCGACUGUGCGCCCUGUUCCCUGGACAGCUCACUAUAUCUGACAAUGACCAGACUAGGCUGGAUCAGGCCAAGUUAUCAUAUGAAGUAGCCAAAGAACUGACAGGAGUGAGAUUUGACUACACUGCCCCACCCAACAUUUGCAAAGGCUAUGUGAAGAGUGAGUCCCGGAAGCUUCUGGAACCGUUUAGCCUAGAGGGCGACGCCAGCGCAGCCAUCUGGAGGCUCGCGGAGGCCGUCGCGGCGCCCGAGUGGCGCCUCACCGACAAGGAGAACCUACCACCCAACUAACCUGCUUAUGUUACAGAUAAAAUGAUAAUAGAGAAUAUUAGGCAAAGCUCUGCGUAGGUGGCACCCCUAGCACAUACAGUAAACAAACCUCAUUGUCAUCAUCAAUGACACAUCAUGUGCCACUACGUCAAUCACGUGGCCUACCGUGAAACACGACAGUCGAAAGUUCGGUUUCUGCCUCUCUAUCACUUGCUUUUACGAUCGAUAGGGAGGCAGAUAAAGAAAUUUCGAUUUUCGCGUUUCGCGGUAGGCCACCUGUAAACAAACCGCCUUGGUGCAUCAGUCAUAGUGAAAAUUUGUCAAAAAACUGUUUAAGGCUUAGUAUGUAUAAGUUACACUAUGGUUUACUAAACAAAUUAGUGCUGCACUCUGGCGGCAGAAUGUUGCAGUAAUACUCCCUAUUGGAAGAGUCGCAUUUGUUGUUCCGUUAAAUUGUCAGACAAAACCAAAAUCAACUCUAUUGCACUACAGGUUGAAAUUUCUGUGGCAAACUUUAUUUUUUAUGAAUGGGUUUUCAUUUUGGCCUUAGGAGGGUAUGAAUGAAUUAAUUGCAAAAGUUGCCAUGCACUUUUGCUGCUG